CUGUAUGGCGAAUACUGCUGUGCAAAUGCUGAAGAGCGCGAAUGGGAUGCACUUGUAACCACCGUUUUCAGAAACUGUGAAUUCUGAUGAUUUGUCGACGGAUGUUUGUGUAUCGGUGCAGCAAGUCUCCGUUCUAGUUCCCCCGCAUCUCGGAAGGGCACCUGCUAUGGCUGAGGGCGGCUCGCGUUACAACACUGGAGACCGUAGGCAUGACGGAUCUUUUGGACAGAAGCUACCACCCCUAUACAUCUACCUUAAGAGGGUUCUUGACAAGUAUCCGGAAGGUGGACAAAUAUUAAAGGAGCUUGUACAGAAUGCCGACGAUGCAAAGGCGCGGAAUGUGGUGUUCCUCUACGACAAGUCCGAGCAUCCCCGUCAGAGACUUUGGUCAAACGCUCUGGCAGACUUCCAGGGCCCUGCACUGUUCGCCUACAACGAUGCUUCCUUCACCCCGGAAGACUGGGAUAACAUCCAACAUCCUGAUCAGAGCGGCAAGCGUAAGGACCCAACGAAGAUUGGACGGUUCGGGCUUGGUUUCAUCUCUGUUUUCCAUCUCACAGAUAUGCCUUGCAUCCUCAGUGGCAGCCAAAUUGGAUACCUUGAUCCACUGGAAGAGCACUUCACCUUUGAUCCUUACACCAACACAAGGUACGUGGGAGAACGUGGUAAGAAGUGGACAUUGUCUGCUGAAUUGUUGAGAGAUUUUCCUGAUCAGUUCUCUCCAUUCCUCUCAGAAUUGUUUUCAUGCAACGAAGCUACGUUUGAAAAUGGUACAUUUGCUGGUACCGUCUUUCGCUUUCCGUUACGCAAAAAGCCAUCGAAACUGAGUUCGUCAGUGUUCCAAGAUGAACAUCGAGUCCAAGAACUUUUUGACUCCUUCCAGAUAGAUUCCGAGCUGUCUCUGCUCUUCUUGAAGAAUGUUGAGUCUAUUGCUGCCUAUGAAAAGUGUCAAAGUCAGGAGCAUCCGAGACUUGUGUUUAAGGUUCAUAUCCGCCCGGAAGACCGUCAACAAGUGCAUUUGAACAUGCAGACUUUCUUGACUAAGGUUCCAGAACGACAAGAUUUUCACAUUCUUACUUGUCUUCACAUAGAGAGUCAGCUUGGACCACAAGCAACUCAGAAUGUCAGCAGCUUCAUGCUUUUAAACGCCUUGAAGAAUAACAACAUACCAGGUGUUCUCAAAGCUCUAAUCGACGACGAGGAGUUGAGGUUUCUGCCUUGGAUGGGGAUGUCUUUCCGGAUGCAGUCAACCAGCAAGAAAAGCACCGAGGAGCGGCACGGUCGUGUAUUCUGCUUCCUGCCGUUACCAGACAGUGAGACGUCUGGCCUACCUGUCAGUGUGCACGGGUACUUUGGGCUCAGUGACAACCGUCGCAGCAUCAAAUGGCCAGAUCAAGAGUCUCAACAUGACAAAAAAGCACAAUGGAACAAGCUACUCAUAACAGAAAUGCUCCCUGAUGUAUACGCUCAGUUACUCUUAGCUGCGAUCAGAAAGAGUCAAGAACAGCCAGAGUGCAUGCCCCCCAGAGAUGUGUACAAAGGGUGGCCUUGCAAGAAGGAUGUUAAGACGGAAUGGUUAGAGGGUGUCAGAAAAUUCAUCAGAUCGCUGAGGGAUCAAGCCAUUUUCCUCACUGACCAAGGAUCUUGGGUGAAGUCAACUGACGUGUACAUCAACGCGAGAAACGAUGAUUUAAUUUCAAAGGUAUUGAUGCAGAAGGAAUGGCCAGUGGCACGACUGCCAGAUCAUGUCCUGGAAUCUCUGGAUUGGGCAGAUGUUCUCUACCGGCCAGUCACACCAGCUAUUCUAAGAAACUGCGUUCGGGGCGACCUUUUGCAGUUCCUCACACGCGAUGAGAAGCUCCAGCUUCUAGAGUAUGUCACAAGCGACUGCACGACUGACCUGGGAGGCCUGUACCUACUCCCUUUAGCCAGUGGCAAAUUUGCGUCGUUUAGUCGGAAUUCGUCAACAGUGUUCAUCGCAACCGAGUACAACCCCAGUGCACUUAUUCCUAAUGGAGAAGGAAGGUUUGCCGCCCAUGACAUGCCCGCCGUCUUGAAGAAUUCCCCAUCGCAGUCAUGUACUCAGCUGAAGACACUAGACAUCACAGAUGUUGCACCACUGGUGCUGGAAAUGUUGCCAGACCAGUGGAGCAACUUCUCGGGAAAUGACAUUCUGCCAUGGUCCCCGGGUUUCAACCAACAUCCGCCAUCUGAGUGGUUGGCAAUUAUCUGGGAAUGGCUGGCGAGCAAUCACAUACAGCAGCCUCUCACUGACUUUAGGAACAUGCCACUUAUACCCAUGCCAGGCGAUCGCAUGGCAAGGCUGAGAGAAAACGGACUGAUAUUUAAAAUGCAGCAAUCGACACCAGAUCCAGCAUGCCUUUCAGAAGAUGUCUGUUGGUUUCUUGAGACAGUUGGCGCAGUUGUUGUUCGUCAUAAGCUCCCUUCCUGUGUUGCUCAUCACCCAGAUCUCAACGGCUUCGUCAAGGCCCCAACCCCCAAAGGUGUAAUGACCAUUCUGGAGACAAUGAGUCGAAAACACAGCAUCCAACACAUCUGUGACGCUGUGGAGAGUAUGUCCGCAGGCGCCAAGGACGAGUUACGAGGUUUGCUCGCCCAACCUCAAUGGGGGCCGACAUAUCACCAAAGGGAAAUACUAAGACAGUUACCGCUGUUUGUUGCGAGCUCUGAAGAUUACGUGUCACCUGAAAGCUGUGAAGCAGCGGUUCAGUCCGACUACUUUGGCUUACCAAUCCCUUCUUUAAGGGAUGGUGCAAAGUAUAUCCUUCUAAGAAACAUCAGUGAUAACCUUGCGUUAACGUUAGACGUCCGCAACCUGUCCAUUGAGCAGCUGCUCGCCCAGAAUGUUCUACCCGCAGUGGCUGAUAAAUUCUACAGUUCCGAGGCAUCAGUUAAGAUCAUGACUUGGGUGCUCGAGAGGCCUCAAUUCGAUAAUCUCGUCAGGGAAGUUGAGUUUAUACCUAAAGCAACAGCACCCCGACAGCUGUCUCGUCCUAAGGAUCUGUUCGAACCUACUACCACACUUCAGGUGCUAUUUAGAGAUCAGGAUGUCUUUCCCACUGGUGCUUACGCAGAGAGGACACAGCUCACGUUCUUAAAACGUGUCGGUUUGAAGAAUCAGUCCGACGUCACAGUUGUGGAUAUAUUAGACGUUGCAGACCAACUGUCCGAAACCCAAGACACGGGCCAAGCAGAUUAUGAAAGGGGAAAGGCCCUACUGGAGCACAUCAACCACAACCCACAUGUCCUACUUGAAAGCGUUGCAAGAAAUCACACAGAUGGUCCAUUGCACACGUUCCUCGAGAAUCUUUGUUGGGUUCCAUGUGAAGAUUCACCACCGCCAGACUAUCCUAUCUCUGCUGGAUGGAAGGGAAAUUCAACAACUCUGUACUCGCCAAAGUGUGUCGGGAUGAUUGAGUCAGCCUUACUUUAUGGUUCAGUACUGCCACUUGUCUUCCUUCAAAACACGAGAGAGGACAUACUGCGUGCAUUCGGUUGGAGUAAAAAUCCAAACCCAAACGACCUUCGAGACAUCGAAUUGGUCGUACGACAUCUGAAAAAUAUUGCCAACUCUUUUCAGUCUUCUCAGGAGCUGUAUUCAUUUACUCGUUCGGUUUCGUUGAUUUACAAGUUCCUGGGCGGAGCAUCGGACACAGACCUUGACGAAAUCUUCGAAGUCUACAUGAAUGGGUCUCAGCCAUGGAUAUGGCAUGGCUCAGGAUUUACCACGCCAGACAAAAUAGCACUGAGCAGUGGCAACCUUGGCGUCAGUUUGGUACCCUAUCUGCAUAUCGUACCCAAAGAUAUGCAGAAGCAUAGAGCUUUACUUUCCAGCAGGGGCGUCCAAAAAACGUUUCAGGAAAAAGAACUUAAUACAGUUCUUCAUUGUGUGCAGCAGAAAAAUCAAACCAAGCAGAUUCCAAGCAAAGAAGACUAUCAAACUGAUUUGAAUCUGGUCUGCAAUAUCUUGAGGUACAUCGUUGAUCUGGUUGAUUUUAAUACUCAGACGUCAAGGAUCUUAGUGCCAUGUAGAAUGGUAAAAGGCGAGAGGCGCAUUAAAAUGGUAUCGGCUCCAGAAUGCUUAUAUGUAGAUGAAGAGAGACUAGCCCAUCAGCUCUAUGAUGAAGAGACCCAGGAAGAGUUCGAUAAGCCAGUCAUCCACGAGUCUGUAUCAAACGAUUUAGCUCAGCGCUUGGGAUUACUUCCUCUCAGCCACUUUCUCGCCCCUGUGGAUGAAGUAGAAUAUGAUAUGGCGGGCCCUCAUGAGACGACAGUCAACGCUAUCAAGCGAAAUCUGGACAUGUACAAAAAUGAUGUAGACAUAUUCAAAGAGUUGAUACAGAAUGCUGAUGAUGCGGGUGCGACGGAGGUGAAAUUCCUGCUUGAUUGGCGCAGAAAUGAGCAAACUGCUUACAACCUUCUCGGUGACGGGAUGAAGGCAUGCCACGGUCCGGCUCUCUGGGCUUACAACGACGCCCGUUUCUCAAAAGACGAUAUCAAGAACAUCUGUAGUAUAGCUGCUCAAAGCAAAAAGCAUCAGUUGGACAAAGUUGGACGAUUUGGUUUGGGAUUUACAUCAGUCUACCAUCUGACAGAUGUUCCUAGUGUCGUCAGUGGCCCCUAUGUCUUGAUCUGUGAUCCGAGAACAAUUCAUCUUGGAUCACGAGUGAAGCCAGGACAGCCGGGAAUCAAGUUGGAUUUGACAAAUGACCGGCAUCGUAGGACGCUGAAGAGUUACCCAAACCAGUUCCAACCUUACAAUGGCAUUUUCGGCUGUGACCUCAAGGCCUCAACCAAAGGCUACGACCAUACACUGUUUCGGUUACCACUGCGUACGGCAUUUGGAGCUGAUAGCCAGAACCCCAAUCAGCUUUCGGACUUUAUUUGUGACUCUAGGGAGAGUGUUUUCCCAUUGAUAAAGUCCCUAAAGGAAUCUUCAGCUACUUUGUUGCUUUUCACUCAGAACGUGGUGAAAGUUAGUCUUCAGGAGAUGUGGGAAAAUGAUACUGAACUGGAUAACAUUAUAUCUGUCACAGUUUGCAGAGUUCAGCAAAUGCCCCGCUCAAUAUCAGUGACUGCUAGUGAAGAAAGUGACGUGGCAGUAGAACGCAAUUUACUCAGGGCGACAUCAGUAUGCAUGAACGACCCAGCCUCACCUCUGCCAGAAACAACCAUGAUCCUGAAGAUCACCCAGAAGUUUGGAAGACGGGGUGAAAAUGGUGAGACUGCAGAGACAAUCAAAGACUGGAAAUUCAUCACAAGUUCCUGCAUGGCAAAGGGGAAGAUUUCAGAUUUAGCCAAAACUCAUGAAGGGCAGAAAGCAGCAGUUUUGCCUUGCGGCGGAAUCGCUGCCCAAUUAGUUGAAAGUGAUAAAGGCUCUCUGAAACUUGAGCCUGUAAAAGGAAGUGCUUUCAGUUACCUGCCACUCAAUGUUUUGACGGACUUGCCCUUCCAUGUGAACGGCAAUUUCUUACUGCAGCCAAAUCGUCGGCAGUUGUGGGGUAAAUCCUCGUCUGGAACGGAAGAAUUUGAGGUUCGUUGGAAUUGCUGCUUCAUGGAGUCGGUAUUGCGCGAUUCGUUGCUGAAUUUACUCCAAGAUCUACAAACGUUGCAAGAACAGAACAUCAUAGAUGCUCGUAAUUUCCAGAGUCUCUGGCCAAAGAGGAAGGCAUGCGACAGCAAUUUCCACCCGUUGGUGGAUUCCUUCUAUCAAUGUAUUGGGAGAGAAAACAGCGCCCCGGCAGUGAUUUUCAAUGAAGGUCGAUGGUUGACGGUUCAUGACUGUUUUUUCACCGACUGGACUGCUACUGAUUCUGAAAGCUUGAAAUGUAGCGUCACGGCUUUGCUUGCCAAGAAUCAACAUCCGAAGAGAUGGGUGGAGCUGGAAACAGAUGUUAUCAAUAGCAUCUUCGAAGCUGGUGCAAACAAAUGCUUUGAUAAAAACACCUUUAGUGUCGAGCGAUUCCUGCGAAAGGUCUUUUUUCCAGCUCUUGUAAAUGGUGAACAAAUUGAGCCCGAAAACAUAAAGGAAAUAAUCCUGCAUGUGCUAGAUCUCCGUCUCCCUGGAAGGAAUGUUACAAUGUAUGAUGAAGAGUUGAAGAAGACAAAAUGUGUGCCUGCCUCACCAAACGGCGACAAACUUUUGUCUCCUAACCAGUUGGUGAAUCCCUGUACGUCAAUAGCAACACUCUACAGCGAGGAAGACUGCCGGUUUCCACAUGGCACUGAAUUUCGCUUACCGGCACGCCUUGUGUCCUUGACCCAGCUUGGCAUGGCAUCGGAUGACUUGUCUUGGGAAGACAUAUGUGAACGAGCUGAGUCAAUGCUGAACGGUGAUCAGACCGGAGGGAGGAGUGCAGUGCUGCUGAAGCUGAUUAGUGGAAAGCUCAAAAACUCUGACCAACCCUCGUCAGUCCAGAAGCAGCGAAUCUUAAUGGCAAAUAUUCUCCCUGUGCUGAAAAAGCCUUGUGACUACCCAGUCAAAUGGUUCAGCUGUGACGAUGAGUUUAUGUCUGCCGAUGGACUCUACGCAUACUGCCGCAAAGAUUUAUUGGGAUCUGUUCAGCCACUUUUGGACGACGAGAGACUUGGCCCAGAAGCGUUAAGUCCUCGAAUCAAGGAUUUCCUAGGCAUCCAUGCAAAAGAAAUCAAAGUCACGGAUGUCAUACAACAACUGACAGUGCUUAUGUCCUCUGAGAUCGUGCCACAAACAUCGUCAGUCGUGUCUGGCAUGUACGCCUUCCUGCAGCGUACACUCUGUGAUGUGAAUUCUGGAUUACAGUUUGGUUCACCCCGCGUAACAGUAAGAGAGAAACAUCGUGCUAUAUUUGACAAGCUUUGCACUCUUGGGUUUGUCUUAUGCGGUGGGUCGUUUCGAGAAUGCAAACAACUGGCUUUCGAUUACAGUGCCCGAAGUGGACCGUAUUUGUUUGGAGUUCCUCUUGAACUGAGAGAGUUCAGGAAUCUGCUGAAGCUUUGUGGGGUGAGAGAAAAUUUUGAGGUGAAAGACUACCUUCAAACUCUGGAACUGUUGAAGGCAAAGUAUGGAGACAGCCCACUUCAAGAACCUGAUCUUAAAACUGCAAAAGAAAUGAUAUCUGAAAUUGUUUCAAAGUCAAAAUAUGAUCCAGAAGAAACCAAAAACAGCUUGAAGGAUGUCAAUAUCUUCAUCCCUGACAAUUGCAGCAUCCUGCGAACACCGUCAGAACUAACUUUCAAUGACGUCGACUGGGAAGGAAAUUGGGGAAGCAGUAUCUACACACAUCCAGACAUCUCCUACAAUCACGCUAAAGUCUUUCACAUCAUCACACAGAGAGAAAGGCAGCUUGCAACAUGUUCUUCAUCCAGCGGUUUCGAAAUGGAUUUUGGGCAAUAUGAAGAACUCACAGAUCGUCUGAGUGGUAUUCUCAGAUCCUAUCCUAAUGUUUCUGACGUCUUCAAAGAGCUGCUUCAAAAUGCGGAUGAUGCCGGCGCCACAGAAAUACAUUUCGUGUACGAUCCUCGCAGUCAUCAGUCAAAGAAAGUGGUAUCAGACUCUUGGGCUCCUGUACAACAACUACCAUCUUUGUGUGUUUACAACGACAGACCUUUCACUGAAGCAGACAUCAAGGGAAUUCAGAAGGUAGGAGUGGGAGGGAAGAGAGAUGACAUUGCAACAACUGGGAAAUUUGGUAUUGGUUUCAAUGCCGUUUACCAUCUGACAGAUUGUCCAAGUUUUUUGAGCAACAGCGACACGUUGUGUGUGUUUGACCCCCUACUGAGGUAUGUUCAAGGGACGCAAAAGACAUCCCCAGGUAGAAGGUUUUCAACUAGUGAUGAAUUCAGAGAGCUGUAUCCCGACAUGUUGAGUGGAUAUCUGGAAGACAUUGAGACAUUCUUCGGAAAGAAAGGGACAGUGUUCCGCUUUCCCCUCCGAAAAGAGGCAUCUGCAAUUUCGAGCAAAGUUUACUCCCCGUUAGCCAUGUAUAAACUGCUAGGUGAUUUCCAGAAGGUAUCUCAAGACGCUGUGCUUUUCUUGAAUAACAUCAACACUAUCACCAUUUCUCAUGUUGACGAGAAGACAGGUCAUCUUCGUCAACGGUACAACAUCAAUGCCAAGUUAGCAGACGAAGACUAUCAAGGACGCAUGAAACUUGUCGACCACUUGAAGCUGUUCAAGGAGCUCCCGUGUCAGGAAAUUGAGCCUAUGUCAUGUGUCUACAGUGUUGCGACGAAGGAUUCAACAGGUACUAUGAAGUCUUGGUUGAUUUCCCAAAUGCUGGGUUUUAAAGAUCUUGAUAUCAAUAUGCAAGAGUUGUCUAGUGCGGCAAGUCUGAAGAAGCCUCUGCCGAGAGGGGGAGUGGCGGCAUUGAUGAAUGGCAGCAAUAAAGAAGAAACCGGGGGUGCGGGAUAUAAAGCUUACUGCUUUCUGCCACUGCCGAUAUACACAGAGUUACCCGUGCAUGUCAAUGGGACAUUUGAGUUAGACGCUGCAAGAAAGAGUCUUCAGAAGGGUGAUGCUUAUGCUGGAGUUUUGGAAAGUUCGAAGGACGGCCUUAUCCACAGAUGGAACAGGUUGCUAGUACAACACGUGAUUGCUCCGGCAUAUGCUGAAUUGAUCAAACACGCGGGCAGAAACAUGCUUGGAGAAGUCAAAGCGAAGAAGUCGUAUAAAGAACAGCUGAUUCCAUACGAUAACAUCUUCCCUAAGAAUUUGGAGGUAUUACGUGGGGAAUGGCGUCUUUUGGCUGAGGCAACACUGCGCUACAUUGGUAAGAACGAGCUAGAGGUCCUGCCUGUGGUGAGACUGUCUGGCAAGAUUAGCUGGCACCAUCCGAGCAGUGACACGAGUCUGGCGUUUUUCGAUGGUUUGGAUGAAGGCGAUUCCAGUGUGUCCGAGAAGGCAGAAAUGUCGAACCAGUCAGGUACCUCAGCCUUACUGCGUCCAUUUCUUCUCAACGUUGGCUUUAAUCUGUUAGUCAGCUCCUCAGAACUAUGCCGGGCAUUUCAAGCCUGCAAUGUUCAAGCCAAGUUCGUAUCUCCGGGGGCUGUUGUGCGACACCUAUUAUCUGAGUCAGUAAUCGCACCAGAUUUGCCAGCUCCACUGACGAAGACCGCAUACAAAAAUUUUAAAACGCUCAGCGCGGUGCUCGAAUAUUGCCUUGGCGGCGUUACGAAGCCCCUGGAGCUUCGCAGCCUCCCACUUCAGCUUGCGAAUGAUGAUACUCUAAGUCAGUUUACUGCGGAAGAUGGGCUGUACUUGACAAGACAUUGGAAGGUGCUGCCUACCCUCGGUGGCAUGUUCCUCCACAAAGAUCUGGUGACUUUAUGUACUGGUUGGUUUGAGAAGAACGGCAUUUCGAAUGAGGCUUUUACUAGUGGAUUAUUCAAGAGGUUUACCAUCGUUGAGUUAGGCAGGUACUUGGAAGAGCAACUUCCACAGGAAUGGCGAUGGUGCAAUCUACAUGUAGAAUGGAAACCUAAAAAGAAAGGUCACCCGUCAGAAACUUGGUUGAAAGACUUGUGGAGGUUCAUAUGCAGUGAGACGACCGAAGAGAAACCACAGCAGUCCCUCCGACCUAUUGAGAACUGGCCAAUAUUUCCUACAACGGCUGGAAAAUUGGUGCCGCCCACCAAAUCGAAGACGAUCUUGUCCCUCCACACUUUAGGUACUGGUACGCUUGGAUUUGGGUUAAAAUUGGCUGGAGUACUUCGCAAACUAGGUCUGCCGGAAAUUGCGAAGGAGCGAAUGUGCCAUGGAAAUACAAUACGUCCACCUGAAGAGCUUACAGUGAUACUUGAAGAGUACUUAACAUUGCCAAAGUCACACGGAGACGUAGCCAAUGUAAUCCGGUUCAUGUCAGAAACAUGUCUCCCAGUCGGUAACCUUGAACCUGCAGAAUGCGACACUCUUUUGCAUUACUUCCAGGAAGGACUCAGUGAUAAGACGUUGUCAACUCAGAAUAUCCAGACAAUCAAAAUGCUCCCGAUUUUCAAGCUUCGUGGUGUAAAUAAGAUCAUAGACAUUCAACUUCCUCGGCGUUACCACACUUUUGAGGGAUACAUGUUGAUGGAGGAAGCAAAUAUCUGGAUGGAGAACAUGAACUGUGUUUUCCUCGAAGUUCAUCCCACCUUGACUUUGAUCUACAAGGAACUUGGAAUAUCGCCCAUCACACACGCUGACAUCUACUUGAAGUACAUUCUUCCAAGUUUUGACCUGUUCACAGAGAAGGCAAGAAUCAGACAUGUCGUACACAUCAGGGACCAAAUCCUUAACAUGUAUCAAACUUUACGGGAAGAUAGAGACGCGAUUAUUAAUCGCCUUACUCAUAUUCCGUUCAUUCGUGAUCAGUCGAACACUCUGAAACCUGCAAGUCAUUUCUAUGACCCACGAAACCCGGUCUUUAAGGCAAUGGUUGAUCCCGAGACGUUGCUGCCCGAGCUACCGGAGCUUAUGACGCCUCAAAUGAGAGAUUUCCUCGAAGAAUUAGGUCUACAUACCGUUGUAAACCCCAAUGAUUUCAUUGUAUUUGCGCGAAAAAUAGAAACAAGAGCCAGACGCAUCACAGAUAAAAAUCAGCUGCGAGAGCUGUGGGACAAUGCAAAACUUUUGAAGAAUGAACUUGAUUCCAAUUCGAGCCUGCAUGAUCAAAGUACUCUGAGAAUUAUUGGAACGAUCAAGUUUAUUCCUUCCGUCCCAGUUAAGUCCGAACUCCUCGAUAUUUGCCCCGCCUACUCAGAAUCUAACGUUCUAUUUCAGGGCUCGGAGGCCUUUAUUGCAUUCCAUGGGUCAGUUGCAUCACAGUACAUGGAACUUGUCUGGUCAGUUUGCAAUGUAUUACCAAAUUGGGCCCUGCCGGUUGCAGGAGACAGGCACAUAGAGAAUAAAGCACCGGGAGUUACCGUUCACAGCUGUCUUGGCAUUGUAUCAGAGGAGCGCGGGAUCAUGGAGAAGGUGUUGUCCCACACGAAGCUGAUAUGCCAGUGCAUGGAAAAGAAGAACGCAAUUCACAAGGAGGACACAUUAUCAAAGGAAUUGAGGGUACAAGCUACCAGAGUCAUGCAAAACAUACUUGGACAUUUGGCCAAAUGCUUGUAUGGGUACAGGGGGAACAUAAGACAGGCUUUAUUGAACGCUCCAAUAUGCCCGGUAGAAGACGGACGUGUUUUUGUCAGAGCAGAUCAGCUCGUAUUGGACUUAGGAGAUGACGAUGAAAGCGCUCUCAAACCGUACGUGUUCAAGGCACCAAGAAAAUUUGGGGUAUUCGAUGACAUCUUUGUACUGUUGGGGGCACAGAAAAAAUGUUCCUUUGAUCAGCUUGCUAGAGUUUUAUCUGAUGUAGAGAAUGAUUGCGAUAGAGGGCAACUCAAGCUAAAUCCAAAUCAACAAAAAACUGUAGCGUGUGCCGUGAGGGGCAUUUUCAUAUUGUUGCGUGACCAGAAAGAUAAAUGUCAAAUAUCUGUUUCCAAGCUUUACUUACCUACAACAGACGACAUGCUGAAGGAGGCCCCACAGCUGUACUAUGCAGAUCACGAUGAUCUUCAGCAAAUGGUAUCUACUGGCAGUCGAAAGUUUAUGCUCCCCCCAAAAAAGUGUGGAUUUAGAUGUAGGAAUGAAAUAGUCCUCUUCAGCUAUCUCCCAGAAGGACUUCGUCCUAAAUUCUUAAAAGAUGAGUUGCAGGAGAAGCCAUGCCAUACCAAUAAGGACUGCAAGGAGGGACAAAAAUGUCGAUACCUGGCGAAAAUCAAGGAGAUGGUGAACUCCGAAGAGAUGACGGAAGUGUUGCUAAGACUGUAUCAACACCAGCUGAAAGAAAAGGAACUAUGUGAGGAGGAUGUAAAGCGUAUUGAAGUGUUGCAAAGCUUCAAUCAGAUUUGCUGUCAGGAAAAAUUGAAGGUCGGCUUCUACGACAAUAAUAGCAGGAAAGUAGCAGACCAAAGGUUUUCAAGAAAAGCUUUUUUGGACAGCAGUACAAGUACACUGUAUUUAGAGCACACCUGGCCUUUGAGGCAGCGCAUCAGUCAGAUAUAUUCCGAAAUCGCUGAAUGUUGCAACCACCUCUUAGGCGGUUUAUUGAAUGACAAGCACGUGGCUAUUCUGCAGAGUGCAUUGGACUGCCAAAGCCCUUGCGAGAUGAAUGAAGUACUCUCAUUGCGUAGGAUUCCACACUACAAUGAAGAACUCAUGGGACUUCCGUCUCAGUCUCAUCAGUCAGGAAGCAUCAUACCCCGUGAUUUGCGUACUCUCCUGAACGAUGACCCUUUUAACCGUUUUGAAAAGGGGGAGAUCGUAGGCUACAAAAGAACUCUCGACGAGACGCCUCAAGAAGACAGAUCCACAACGCGGAGAAAGGGGAAAAGGACAACAUCACUUGCCGCGUUUACCGAAGAAGAAACUGAAGUUGUCUAUGCAGAAAUCGUUGAUCAAGUUGGUAAGAGUGACGAGGGGAGUAUCCUGUCUAAACGGUACAAGAUUGAAAUCGGGAAGCAAGAACACAUCGUUGUAAGUGUGACAACACUGUUUAAAUUUCUGAAUGUGAAAGAAGCAGAUGACGGAGGAUCGUUAGCUAAAACCCUUCCAGAAGACCCCCAGAGAGACAGAGAACAGAUUGAGAGGGAAGUUAAGGAAGCCAUGGCGCUGCCCAGAGAAGAGCGAAAUGGAGUAAUGCACCGUCUGUAUCGUAAGUGGCAUCCUGAUAAGAACCCGGGUCAAGAGGAACGUACUACUGAGGCUUUUAAAUUCCUCAAACAGGAGAUAGAUCGCUACGAUUCGAAAAAACAGUACAGCCGCCAUUACACCAAAUGGGAAUCAGAGGUUAAUAGAGACAGGGAAGAAGCCAGGUGGUACCAACAGAUGUACAAUCAAAGUCGACGGAGGAGACGAAAUAGAGCGAGCAACCGCUACGUGCCACCAUCUUUCUCCAAAGAGAUUCCAGACCCACGAAGUGCACGACUGUGGUUCCGUCAGGCCAGGGAGCAUCUCACCUCAGCUGAGCAGACAAGUCAACUCCAAUCCACUCCGCAGCAGUGGAUAGCCUUCCAGGUACAUCAAGCAGCCGAGGUAGCUUUGAAGGCAGCCCAGUACAACCUCACCGGUCGUCCUAAUAGUCACAGUAACAAUCUUAGUGAAUUAUCAAGCACAGUUUGCCGACACCGCUAUGUCACCUCCAAUGAGCUAAUACAGCUAACAGAUGAGUUGGAACAGCUUGAUUGUCUUUUUAACAAUCCUCGCUACCCUGAGAGUUUGAGCUCAAAGACAAGUGGACAAGUGUAUCAGGGUUUCAGUAAAGAAAAAGCCUUAACACUCUGCACCCGUCUACUUAGCCUCGUACAGAGCAUCAUUGGAAUCAAGGAGUUUUAAAACUUAGGUGUUGACAGUGCAGUACAUUCUGUUAUAAGCAAUGUGUCUUUGUCUACCACCAACGCAUAAAGCCUUGCGUGUAUUAUGACGUUCCCUCCAGUCUGCCAUUGCACAUUAUGCCCAAACUUACAGCCUUUUACUACAUGUGCGUAAAUUCAAACUGGAAGUUAAUUUUCCUGUAAGACCUUAAUCGUGUUUUUGUUUUUUGUUUGUUUUUUUGGGGGGGGUUCUGGUUUGUUUAUUUGUUUGGUUGGUUUUGUGUGUGUGUGUGUGUGUUUUUCGUUUUCCGUUUCGUAGUUUUGUAAUCAAGUGAAUUCUAUUAAAGCUUUUUAUGUUCGCCUCGGGAGUAUGCAUAGAUAUUUGGGCAUGUUUUCGCAUUUUGUGACUCUUACAAAAAGUUUGAUGGGUUUUCAAAAUUAUUUUUGUUUCGAAUGAGGAUGGAUAAAUAUUGUCUGCGUAUCGCGUUACAUAAAUAUUUUAGACAUGUGAAGAUCAUCUCGAGGUUUAUUACAUAAGCAAAAUUUGCGACAUGUAAGUACUUGCUGCGAAUAAAAGGUAACGAUUUUCAGCAUUGGCGCAGACUUUAAUUGUUUCCAUAGACGGAGAGUGUUUUUGUUCUAUAUAUACUGGUGCUGGGGCUGAAGUUUGGCACAUUAAUUUUUGAUAUUUGUUUGGCAGUUUUUACUAGGCGUGUCAAUUCGGUAUUUGUGUUUUCAGCGCAGAAAAGUUUAUCAGGCAAUUCUGUUAGUUUUUAUGGUUAAACAUUAUCAAAAACUGCAACUUCAAGAGUAUUUUGAGUGAAUUUCUAGAGUAUGAGUGUCGUAGGUAGUUGAAGCCAAGUUUUUGCAUUUUGAAAGAUUCUGCUCAAAUGUUGUAUUGGAGCUCUAAAUGAUAAAAUAUAUAAAGCUAUAUGUGGCCUCUGCAGAGUACAAUUAUUGGAGUACAAGUAAUUACGGUACCAGUCUCGUCGACAUUUUCACGUGUUUGUCUUGGCUGUCUGUAUUAUAGCAAGAGUUCGCCAGGAUCUUCGGUUUAAUCCGUGUCGCAGUUUGACAUUCAGAAUGGAAAAUGUUACCAGCCCUAUUGAUUUUAAUCAUGCUAAAUGUUUUCAAACGAACCUCAAGCAAUGUACAUGUAAUACUCGUUGAGCCGUACUGUGUCAGAGGACUAUUUCUUUCAUAAUAAAAAGAUUGAAUAGUGUAGAAAAUGAUUGAAAUGUAGCAAAUCUGCCUUUUAACGACGAAAAGAUGUGCAUGUACUCAACCACCAUAGCAUCGGAAUGGUGAUAUGUUUUCACGACUUUCUGAAUAAUUGUAAUUCUAAACGGAAAAUGAAGCGAUAAAAGACUAUGAAUAGUUACCGGUAAUGGGUUCAAGAGUUAUUUCCCGUGUACAUCUUGCAAAAAGGUUAUAAAAGUUUGAAAUGAGGUUGUGAGAACUUAGAACUCGUAUGCGUGUUGUUGUGUUUCAUGACUUAACAUGAGUUUAACAGACGAGGUUCGGGUGCAACUUUGUGGAAAUGUCAACGAUGUAUCAAACACGUGAUUAAUGUAUAUAUUAUUUUGAUGUGUUGCGAUUUGCCUUAGUGGUUCUUUGAGUGAGCUGUGAGCUACUACCUGCGUUGUUAGCGAUAAACAAAAAUAUCUCUCAAGGGUAUACCGACAAUAUUAAUUUAAAGUAGUUGAUAGAUAGCCUUAAUCAUUUUAAUGUAGUAAAGUUUUAUAAUUCGAUUUACUCGUUCUUUCUUUUUUGCUUGUGAAGUAAUAGUCUUGCUUUAAAAGUGAUGAAAUAGUUUCCACCUUGACAAGUGCAUUUUCACAGAAAAAGUACAUUCCUCUACAAGUUACUUUCAAGAUCAUCAAGUUCAUUAUCAGAACAACCUUUAUACGUAAUGUGUUUAAUUGGAAUGUGAUACAAAAUGCGGGCUCCAACAGCCGAUCUUUUAAAGAUUCCAUAGCACUACAGAUGGUAUAAAGCUCUAUUACCGUAUCAUUCAAUGAAUAAACAAACAAAUUGUACACUAACUGUUUGUAUCAAGGAAAGUAGUGGGGUGAAAAAUUUCAUGCUAUAUACAAAAAGCAAAUUCCACUCAUUCUAUUUGUCUGACUUGCAGUGAUAAUUAAAAAUUUGAUCCAGUUAUGUUUUCAAAAACGUAUAAAUUUAUGUAUGUUGAAACAUGGAGUGGGAUAUGAAGCGAUAAAGAAUACAUGAAUCAUUAAUACCUAAUGGGCUUCAACGGUGUUUUCCACACAUCGUGCAUGGUGUGGGAAAAAUCACUCUAGAGCCCAGUUAAUGAAAACUUCGACUGAAGUUGUAUCGCGUGCAUAAUGUUUGCUUAAUGUGUCAUCGCUGUGUCAUGGACACUAUUAUACAAAUUCAUUCUAAAAACAAUCUGCAAGUGGUAUGAAUGGGUCUGUUUGAAGAUGCGUUUGAUGUAUUCUGCUUGUGCAUGGAAAAGUAUCUCUUGCAGGUGCGAAUUACUUAAAAAGUCAUCUCUUCCACGGGUAUUGGCUUUUUUAUGUAAUUCAAUUAAAUUUUUAUUACAAUUGUAACAACUCUAGAUGUAGAGUAGACCGAGCUUUGCAGAAUACAGGUAACCGACUAUUUGAUGGUGAAUUUAAAACUGAGAUUUUCGGUGAGUGAUUGAAUGCAAAUGCUAUUUUGCCAUCUUAUGGAGAUAUCAACGAUGUAUCAAGCACGUGAUUAACAUAUGUUAUUUGAUGAUGUAUGAUGACUUACGUCAGUGGUUCUUCAUGUAAGUAGAGGCGUCGUUGGCAUUGUGGUAUACCCACGAAACGAUUUAAAGUUAAAGUAGUCGAUGGAUAGCCCGCAUACAGUAGUUCAGUUUAAACACGUUCUUUCAUUAUUUUAAAUGUGAAGUAAUUUUUGCUUUAAAAGUGAUGAAAUAAUUUCAACCUUGAUAAGAGUAUCAUUCACAGAAAAGAUACAUUCCUCUGCAAAUUAUUCUGAAAAUCACCGAGGUCAUUGUCAGAAGAGUAUACCUUUUUAUACAUAAUGUGCAAAAGAGUGACGGUUGACAAAUUACACUGUUUGAUUGAAAUGUGAUAUAAAAGGUUUGCUUCAAUAGCCGGUGUUUUUUAAGAUUCUGCAGAACUACAGAAGGCGUAAAGCUCUAUUCACAUUCAGUGAAUAAACCAACUAAUUGUUUAUGUGUAUAUCAAGGACAGUAGUGAAUUGAAAAAAAUCAUGCCAUAUACAAUAGCAAAUAUCCAUGCAUUGUUUGACCUGCAGUGAUAAUUAAAAAUCCAAUCCAGUUAAGUGUUUAAAUUCAUGUACAAUUACAUGUAUGUUAAACAAUUCUACUAUUUUCACUGCAAGAAGUGUGUUUAAAAACAUCAUAGUAGUUCAGUUCAGUCAGAAAUUUGCAUGUGUGUUGUUUCUUAAUUGGAUAUUUCAGAAUGUUGAAGUUUUGUUUAGUGUGACGGAACAAUGUGGUUUAAAUUUAAAUAAUCGUAGAGAUUUAGUUGCAUCAUUACUAUCAUACCAUUCUUUUGAGUAUUUUUAAUCUCCUGUUAUCUUUAGGGAGUUGAUUUAACAAUACAGUGUUGAGUUUUGGUUUGCAGUGA